AUGUUUCGCUCCUUGUUUACGCUAUUGAUGUUGGCGUUGGCCGUUGCCAUGCCGUACCCUGAAGAUGAGGGUCCCAUCGUUGUCUCACCGGAGGUGCUGGAUACUGUGGCAUCUCUAGACGAGCUGGCCGAAGAUGAAAAGGUUGACGAGCGUUAUCGUCCUAAUUACGGUCAAUUACAGAGACGUACAGUUUACCAACAACAGAGCAGCAGCCAUCAACAGCAAAGUAGCAGUCUUACCACUCACCAACAGCUUGGCUAUCAAAACACUGGGUAUCAUGCCAACAACGCUGCUGGUGGAUAUGGCGGAAGUGGGUACCAUACUCCGGGAGUCAAUGCCGGAUACGGCCAAAACAUCAACUACGGUCAGAGCGGUUACGGCAACACUGGCUCCAUCAACACAGGCUACGGCAACACUGGCUCCAUCAACACAGGCUACGGCAACACUGGCUUCGGCAACACCGGCUACGGUAUUGGAUCCGGAAUAAACACGGGAUAAGGAUCGAACGCAGGUUAUGGAACCAAUACGGGCUAUGGAACGAACACUUGAUACGGAAGCAACACUGGAUACGGACUAAGGCUGGAUAUGGAACAAAUACUGGGUACGGCACAAACAAUGGAAUCAAUGCUGGAUAUGGAGGCCAUAGCGGCUACGGCACGAACGCCGGCUAUGGAAACACUGGCUACAAUACGGGACUGUUCGGGAACAAUGUUGGCGGCGGACAACAAGUCGCGUAUGGGCACUCAGGAUAAAACAGCCUUAGCGUUGAAAGCGGUUACGGCAGCAAUUACCUAGGAUGGCGUGAAGGACAAAAGUCCAACGGCACUGCGGUCGUUGAUGCGGCUGCCGUGGGGUCAAUGGAAAUGAAACAACAAAAAACACUGUCAAAAGAGGUCCCG